GAAACAUUCAAUUUAAUAAAUUAUAAGCCCAUAAAAAGGCAGUUCAUAUUUUCAAAAGAAUUUUAUAAGAUCACUAUAAAAUAUUAGUAUGCUAUAUUCUUUCACUUAGUUUUAGCUCAGCAGAGGUAUGCUUAGCACUACUGGUAUUUAGGAACUGACAUAAAAUAAGCUACAGGGUGCAGCUACAGCUCAAAGGUAGGGUUAGAAUUCGUGACAAACUAUAUGCAAUCAUGAAAAGCGACGCUUGGUGGCGGUGUCUACUAAGAAUGAGAAUAACGGGCUCAGCAGAUACCCAGGAAGUCGCAAGAGCUGGAAAUCAGAAUGCUGUCUGCUCCCUAGAAGAAGAAGAAAGUAUUUAAGUGUGAGCUAGGAAAGAAAUCUCCAGGACAGUGAGGCAUUAAGGAAGACUUAAUUCGGGAAUCUAUCACCAAUCUUUGUGGAUUGAAGACAACUGGAAGAAGCAGUGCCCACUGGACUGGAUCUGAAAAAUGGAGACAGCACCAGUAAAAUGGACAGAGAAAAGGCAAGUCGUUUUUCUCGCUAUCUUGUUGCUUUUGUGGGAGUCUGGCUCUGAGGCAAUUCUAUAUUCCAUGCCAGAAGAGACUGAGAGUGGCUACUUGCUGACUGAUUUGGCAAAAGAUCUGGGAUUCAGCAUUGGGGAAAUGGCCACUAGAGGGGCUCGAAUCCAUCACAGAGGAAACAAAGAGCUCUUGCAGCUGGAUGCAGAGACAGGAAAUUUGUUCUUGAAGGAGAAACUGGACCGUGAGGCUCUGUGUGGGGAAACAGAACCCUGUGUGCUGCACUUCCAGAUCAUUCUGGAAAACCCUGUGCAGUUCUUCCAAACUGACCUGCAGCUCACAGACAUAAAUGACCAUUCUCCAGAGUUCCCUCACAGGGAAAUGCUUCUAAAAAUACCUGAGAGCGCCCAGCCAGGCACUGUGUUUCCCCUGAAGGCAGCUGAGGACCCUGACAUAGGGAACAAUGCUGUUCAGAACUACACAGUCAGCCCCAACCUCCAUUUCCAUGUUGUUACUCACAAUCCUGCAGAUGGCAGCAAAAACCCAGAGCUGGUGCUGGACAGAGCCCUGGACAGGGAGGAGCAGCCUGAGCUCACUUUAACCCUCACUGCUCUGGAUGGGGGGACCCCUCCCAGGUCUGGGACCACCACAGUGCGCAUUGAGGUGGUGGACAUCAAUGAUAAUGCCCCCCAGUUUGUACAGUCGCUCUAUGAGGUGCAGGUCCCUGAGAACAGCCCCCUCAAUGCCUUGGUUGUCAGGGUCUCUGCCAAAGACUUAGAUGCUGGGAUGAAUGGGAAAGUAGCCUACUCUCUGUUCCAAGGUGGUAGAGCAUCUCAACCAUUUGUAAUAGAUGAAACCACAGGAGAAAUUCAUCUGAGAAAAGAGUUGGAUUUUGAGACAACUCCAUAUUAUAAGAUAGAAAUUGUAGCCACAGACACUGGAGGCUUUUCAGGCAAAUGCAGUGUAGCUAUACAGGUGGUGGAUGUGAAUGACAAUGCCCCUAAACUCACCAUAUCGUCGCUCACUAGCUCCAUCCCAGAAAACACUCCUGAUGCUGUAGUUGCUGUUUUCAGCGUUUCUGACCCAGAUUCGGGGGAUAAUGGAAGGAUGGUGUGUUCUAUUGAGAAUGAACUUCCGUUUCUUUUAAAGCCAACUUUUGAGAAUUAUUACACUUUAGUGACAGAAGGAGCACUAGACAGAGAGAGCAGAGCCGAGUACAACAUCACCAUCACUGUCUCCGACAUGGGCACACCCAGGCUCACAACCCAGCACACCAUAGCAGUGCAGGUGUCCGACAUCAACGACAACGCCCCCGCCUUCACCCAAUCCUCCUACACCCUGUCUGUCCGCGAGAACAACAGCCCCGGUCUGAACAUAGGCACCAUCAGAGCCACAGACUCAGACUCUGGCUCCAAUGCCCACAUCACCUACUCGCUGCUGCCGACCAAUGACCCGCAGCUGGCCCUCACCUCUCCGGUCUCCAUCAACACUGAUAACGGGCAGCUGUUCGCGCUCAGAGCACUGGACUACGAGGCUCUAAAGUCCUUCGAGUUCCGCGUGGCUGCCACAGACCAAGGCUCUCCUGCACUCAGCAGCCAGGCGCUGGUGCGCGUCCUGGUGCUGGACGACAAUGAUAAUGCGCCCUUCGUGCUCUACCCUCUGCAGAACGCCUCUGCGCCCUGCACUGAGCUGCUGCCCAGGGCAGCGGAGCCUGGAUACCUGGUCACGAAGGUGGUGGCUGUGGACCGAGACUCUGGCCAGAACGCCUGGCUGUCGUUCCAGCUGCUCAAGGCCACGGAGCCAGGGCUAUUCAGCGUGUGGGCACACAAUGGCGAGGUGCGCACCACCAGGCUGCUGAGUGAGCGCGAUGCCCCCAAGCACAGGCUGCUGCUGCUGGUCAAGGACAAUGGUGAUCCUCAGCGCUCUGCCAGUGUCACUCUGCAUGUGCUGCUGGUGGAUGGCUUCUCCCAGCCCUACCUGCCUCUGCCAGAGGUGGCGCGCGACCCCGCACAGGAUGAUGAAGAUGUGCUCACGCUGUACCUGGUCAUUGCCUUGGCAUCUGUGUCUUCACUCUUCCUCUUGUCUGUGCUGCUGUUCGUUGGGGUGAGGCUGUGCAGGAGAGCCAGGGCGGCCCCUCUGGGUGUCUGCUCUGUGCCUGAAGGUCACUUUCCUAGUCACCUGGUGGAUAUCAGCGGCACUGGGACUCUGUCCCAGAGCUACCAGUAUGAGGUGUGUCUGACAGGAGACUCUGGGACUGCUUCACCUCACCUUUCAAAAGACACAGGAAAUUUCUGGAAAUUUCAAUAUUCUAUUUGAUUCUGGUUGUUACUUCUCAAAAUGUUCACUUUAUAUUGUUUUGUAGAUAUUAAAAGCAAAAGAAUUCUUUUUGUGAUAUUUAAUUAUCUCCUGUUUACUAUUUCAUGUAACCUUGAAGUACACUUAGUUGAUUUAAUGUUUCAAUUGUUCUGACUAUUGCAUAAUAGAAAAAAUUAUUGGUUCUUAAUUGAUUUGAACAAUCAUAAAUUUAAACUAACUAAAAUUUACUUAUAUUCAAUGACCUAAAUAAGCUUAUUAUGUGAUUUAUAAGUAGGUAUGUUUAAAUAAUACAAGUGCAGGAACACUUUGUUGAACUUUUGGCAGGUUAUGAACAGUAGAAGUGUUGGGUUAACAAUGUAAUAUCUUUAUUCAUAUGUUGAACUUUUUAGUUAGUAUAUAUCAUUGUACAAAGUAAUGCAUUUUUAUGAUAUUUUCAUGCAUGUACAUAAUAUAUAAACAUUGGUCAUGAUUUCACUUUGUUUUAAAUAUCAGGUGUCAUUCCUCUGGAGUUUAAGUAUUUGCAUCAUUCUAUGAUUAAUGUUUAUCCCUCCUAAGGAUGUAAUGAAAUAUAAAAAAAUAUCCUGACCAUUUCUUAUCCUUAAUAAUGUAAUUUUUGUUAUUCAGUUUUAAAAUUGAAGUGAGAGAUGUAAAAAUGAAGAAAAGUAAGUUCAAAUACAUUGCAUGCGGGUUGAUGUCCCAGGUCCCGCCUCUGAGAAAAAGGUAUCGGACGGGUCUGAUGCUCUUUGGGUGGAUGACACCUAAAUGAACAUCUGUACAAAGUCCCAAUUUAUUUCUAAUAUCAGAGAUCAGACCUCUACUCUUGCCUGAUGCGUCUAAAACAAAAAGGGGGAACUGUAGAG